UUGACCACAUGACUUUCUUCCAAAGCUCUGGAACCACCACGUGGUCCCAGGCAAACUUUAGACGGAUCUGUGCUGGCUUAAGCUUCGGUUCACGUCUGACGUUGUAUUAUUUGAUUCCUUGUCAGCGUAGUGGUAUUGGUCACUGGUCAUUCACCAGGUCCCCCUGUGUAGUUCUUUCUUGAAAUUUUUGCUCACCGUUGAUGAGCCCUUGCUUGGAGUUCCGGACCGAUGGAGAUUAUCAAUGGCCUUGUAUGUCUUCCAUUUUUCUAAUACUUGCUCCCACAGUUGAUUUAUACACACCACGCUGCUUGCCUAUUGUAGAUACACUCUUACCAGCCUUGUACAGGUCUUUACAAUUUUGUCCCUUGGACAGCUCUUGGCCAUGGUAGAGUUUGGAGUCUGACUGUUUGAGACUGUGGGCAAGUUUCUAUUAUACAGAUAAUGAGUUUAAAUAGGUGUCAGAGUGGAGGACAGAGCUUCUUUAAUAAGUUAUUUUGUUGUUUGUUAUUGACCAAUUACUUAUUGUUAUUGACCAAAUACAUUCUUAAAAGCCUACAAUGUGAUUUCCUGGAUUUUUUUUUUUUCACAUUCUGCCUUUCACAGUAGAAGUGGACCUAUGAUGAAAAUGACAGACCUCCGUCAUCAUUUUAAGUGGGAGAACUGGCACAAAAGCUGGCUGAUUAAAUAGUUUUUGUCCACCGGAGCUCCUGUGGCAUGAACUGGCCCCAGUUAUUUUAUUAUGAACAUUUACUCCAAUGAAAUUCUCCAUUCAUGUUUGCUCAGACUCGCUGUUACCAUGGUGACAAGUCCUCCACCUUUAAGAAAAUGAUGUUUCUGGCUUUUUCUUUCAGUGACAGGAAAGACUCAAAGAGACUUGGUACAAAUGCUCCUGAACUGCACCUCGGUCAACCAGACCAGCACUUUGUUCACUUCCAAACUGAGCGCCGCUGCAGACAUUUGUGUGGGCUUAGCUAUCCUCUCUGUGGUUAUGCUGUCAGUUCUGGGCAAUGGCGUGGUCCUGGUGAUCUGUUACCGCCGCCGCAAGAAGAUGGUGGGCACCGAGCUCCUCUGCGUCAACCUGGCCGUGGUGGACUUCCUGUGCUGCAUCUGCUUUUACCCGCUCUCCAUCCUGUCGUCCUUCCGACACGCGUGGCUGGGAGACUACUUCACGUGCGUUUACUACGGCCUGGGUUGCUUCAUCUUUGGCCUGUGCGGCAUGUUCACCAUCGCCGCCAUCAGCGUCAUCCGCUACCUGAAGACCUGCUACAGCUUGGUCUACGCCGUGUGGCUCAAGGGCGCCAACAUCCGGCUGGUGUGUUGCGGCAUCUGGCUGGUGGCGGUGGUGUGGUCCAGCUUCCCUCUCUUCGGCUGGGGCGAGUACGUCCCCGAGCCGUACGGACUGUCCUGCACCGUCGCCUGGCGCGGUUACCACACCUCCGCCAAGGACGCCGCCUACGUCAUUUGCUCUUUCACCUGCUUCACGCUGCUGCCCGUCCUGCUCAUCGUGGUGUCCCAGUGCCAGAUCGUCUAUAAGCUCUCCCGUUUUUCCUACUCGCUGUCGGCACGAGGCGUUCACAACAACCUGCGGCGGGCUGAGAAACGACUCUCCACGAUGUUCUUCUGCAUCAGCCUUGGUUUCGUCGUCGCCUGGGCGCCGUACGCCAUCGUGUCUUUCCUCUUCAUCUUCCACAAGGACAAGCCGUACAUGGCCCCGGAGGGCUUUGUGUUCCCCGCCCUCUUUGCCAAGAGUUCCCACGUCUACAACCCCUUCAUUUACUUCUACUUCAACAAGACCUUCCAGCAGGAGCUGCAGUCCCUGCUGAUGUCUUUCUGGCCAAAGACGGGCGGGAAUCGGGUCGGCGUCCACGUGGCCCCCGACCCCAUCCACAUUCAGCUGCAGGAGAGAAGCUACGUGCGGAAGGUGUUCGCCAUGUCGCACGAUCGGACGCGCAGCAAGAGCCGAGGCAAAUGUACCAAAGGUACGAGCGCCAACUCCGCCCGUGGCAGACCGGUGCCCAACUGCUGGGGGUCCGCGUCCAGGAAUGCCCCCCUUUGCUUGGAAAAGAAAUCUGCCAAUAACUCUUUGCCUGCUUCUUUGGGCUCUAUUUAGAACAGGGCUAUUCGGGGCCAAAUCGGGCCCAGAAAUGACAAAAUACAGUUAUUUUUGCAGCAAAUUCCUAAAAACACUACAGUGCUCCUGAUGUAUAGAGCACUGUUUUGAUUGAUUGAUUGAGAAGUUUAUUGACAUCUUAAAGAAUUGAAUCCAUGUAAUGCUUUAAAAAGGCAAAUGGAUGGGCGGCACAAAACACCAAAAGGCUUGUUUCCAUUGUGGUCCAUUAAAUAUUCAUCGCAUUUGAUACAUUCAAUAAUACAAGAUAUAUAACUUGUAACAUGUAUAUAAAUAAAUUACGUUAAAAAAAUGGAUAAAUGAUGUACAU